GGGAUGCGUAGUCGCAGCCGCAGCAGAGGCCGCCGAAGCAGCAGCCGCGAUCGGCGCCCCGCGCGCGAGGCCAAGCGCUCCCGCGAUCGAAACGGAAACGUGGAUCAGUUUGGUCGCUCGCGGGACAGUCGGCGGUCGCGUGACCGCGGCGAGGACAGCGGUCGAGAGCGGCGGGAGGUUGACCGCUCGCCCCGUCGCCGAGAGUCCGAGCGAGGCCGACGCAGCUCGGAUCGUUCACGGACCGACACGUCAGAUCGCAAUGCACGGCGAUCCAUCGACCGCAACCGUGAGCGCAGCCCGCGAUCGACCAAGCCGCCAGCCCACGAUGGGCGAAGCAGCGGUGGCAUGAGCAAGUACGGCAGCAGCCUCUCGUCUCGCCCGUCGGCGGGCUACGGUGGGUCGAUGGACUCGGACUACUACCAAGCGCGCAUUGACGAGCGCAAGGCCAAAGUGUUUAACAUCUGGUCAACGUUUCCGAGUCCGCCGUCGCCGCCACCCAAGGCCACGAAGGAGCCCGAGAAGCCGUCGCGUCGGUCGCCGUCGCCAGCCGCCUCGUCCUCGUCCUCAGAGAGCAGCAAAGACGACGACGACCGCCGCCGUCGACGCAGUAAGAAGGCCUCGUCGCGCAAAUCGUCGUCGUCGGCCAAGGCAAAGAAGAAGACGAAGACGUCGUCGAAACACAAGCAAACCUCCAAGUCCUCGUCCAAGAAGCGUCGGCGCAGCCCAAGUCCGAGCAGCGACAGCGACAGUAGCAGCAGCGACGAGAGCGACGUGCAUACCAACAAGCCGUCAUCGUCGCCGCUCAACGCUGCCGACGCGCUCGAAGCAAGUCAGUUUCGCGACGCGGUCCAAGGCCACCACGCCGCAACCCUUGACGACGAGCCCGAGGUCAUUGGGCCCAUGCCCAUGCCCGACAGCGAGAGUAGCGGCAAGGGCGGCGGCUCGUACGGCCGCGACUUGCUUCCGGGCGAAGGCGCGGCCAUUGCGCAAUAUGUGCAAAAGAACAUGCGCAUUCCGCGGCGCGGCGAAGUCGGCUGGAGCGGCAACGAAAUCGAGUCGCUCGAGACGGCCGGGUACGUCAUGAGCGGGUCGCGCCACCAGCGCAUGAACGCUGUGCGCAUCCGGAAGGAGAACCAAGUGUACUCGGCCGAGGAGAAGCGCGCGCUCGCGCUCAUCAACUUUGAAGAAAAGCAGCAGCGCGAAAACAACGUCAUGGCCGAGUUCCGCACCAUGCUCACCGAGAAGCUCACCAAGAAGCACGGCGCGCUCGUCGUCGAAGAGCGCCAAGACGACGUUGUCCUCGACAAGGAGUAGCAUCACAGCAAACCAUACACAUACUACUACCACGUAUGCGAUGCAUGAAAUAGGACGCCAGCGGCAGUUGAGCGAAGUGUCCUUCGUGUU